CAGCCGAAGUAGCUGAUGUCUCAACAUCAAUUGUUUCUCAAGCGAGGGAGUAGGACAGCUCCUCCUCCCACGCGGGCAGGAAAUAGUUAAAGAAGUUAGCAUUCCCUCUUUUGCUGGGGACGAGAGGGAGUUGGGGUUUUAACAUUGGCAGCGUCUCCGUUUAGGCUGGCGGUUUCCUAUUCUUUCUUUUUUUUUCUUGGGGGAUGGAGGAGAGGAGGGGGCGAAGCGACUGCUCGCUCGCUCGCUCUUGAUUAGCGGAGGACGCGGAGAGUCAGAAUCCCAGCCAGCCAGCCAGACGGAGACAGGAGGAUUUGCGAAGUCUUUCUUAGGAAAAGACACUCAGGCGAGAUCCAGCCAGAAAGCAACUCCAACUUGCCCUGCGUGCGUCUUGCAACAGCUUCCCAAGCGCCGGCGUGAGACAUCAAAGGCCACUUUCAUGACUUGAAGAUGGAAGCCUUACAUUUCAGGAUGAUCUUGGCACUUCUGUUAAUGGGAAUGGUUGCUGGAGAUGAUUCUGACAGAAAUUAUUCAAACCUGACCCACUCUGGAAAUUAUUUCUCUGCUGAUUCUAGAACAGAAUCUAGAUUACUUCUCACGGUCAGUCAAUUCAAUUCAACAACGGAGCCGACAGCAUCCUAUCGCUCUUGCAGUCAUCGUACUAGACAUGAUGUCAACAUCAAAUGGAUCAGUACAUCAAUAUUUUGUGCAGUUUUCAUCAUUGGGCUGGUUGGGAAUGCGGCUCUGCUGAGGAUUAUCUACCAGAACAAGUGUAUGAGGAAUGGCCCCAAUGCACUAAUAGCUAGCUUGGCAUUGGGAGACCUCAUCUACAUUAUCAUCGAUAUCCCUAUCAAUAUAUAUAAGCUUCAUACUCAGCCACAGUGGCCCUUUGGGCGUAGUCCUUUUGGGACCCUUCUUUGCAAGAGUUUUCCUUUUAUUCAGAAGGCAUCAGUGGGAAUCACAGUUCUUAAUCUCUGUGCUCUGAGUGUGGACAGGUAUCGAGCUGUUGCUUCCUGGAGUCGCGUUCAGGGAAUUGGCGUCCCCUUGAUCACUGCUGUUGAAAUCAUUGUCAUCUGGAUUCUCUCUUUUGUGCUGGCUAUCCCAGAAACACUUGGCUUUACCACCAUAUCCUUAAAUUACACUGGAAAUGAGCAGUACGUUGUCUGUAUGCUCCGAAAUACAACCAGUUUUUUGACCUUUUACAUAGAAGCAAAGGACUGGUGGCUCUUCGGCUUCUAUUUCUGCAUGCCACUUUUAUGUACUGCAUUCUUUUACACCCUAAUGACAACUGAGAUGUUAAACAGGAGGAAGAGCAGCCUGAGAAUAGCUCUCAGUGAACAUCUUAAGCAGCGGCGAGAAGUUGCAAAGACAGUCUUCUGCUUAGUUUUGAUUUUUGCCGUUUGCUGGUUUCCUCUCCAUUUGAGCCGGAUUCUGAAGAAAAUGUUGUAUAAUGAACAAAACCCUGAAAGAUGUGAAUUUCUCAGCUUUUUGCUGACAAUGGAUUAUGUCGGCAUGAAUCUGGCGACCAUAAAUUCCUGUAUAAAUCCCAUAGCACUCUAUUUUGUGAGCAAGAAGUUCAAAAACUGUUUCCAGUCAUGCCUCUGCUGCUUGUGUUACCAGACGGGAAGUCAGUCAUCAAGUGUUCCUAUGAAUGGAACAAGUAUUCAGUGGAAAAACAACGACCUGAAUAAUCACAUUAUAGAACGGAGCAUCCACAAGGACAGCUUAAACUGAGAUUUAACAAAAGCCACACUUCACAAUCUGUGAAGGAAAAGAUGACCCACUGACACUGGUUUAGCAGGAAGGCCAUCUGGUAUUCAAUAAAAGCGAUUGCAUUUGGAAGCUCUGUGUCCAGCACUUGAUUCCGAAGAGGACCAGACAGACUGUAUACCUAGAUGAAGUUCUGUACAGAUUUCCAAAUGGUGGUGUCCACAGUCUUUUAAAAUUCACCUUUUGAUGAAAACAAGAAGAAUCUUACUAUUUUACAGAGUGUUUGCAGACUCCCAAAGAACUGUUCAAUAUAUUCCGUAUGCUAUCACAUUUUUAUGGCAAGUCAAAAUGAAUCGAGAUGGAUUCCCGCUCCCCAAACCCACCCAGGCCCAUAUUGUCAAAAACUGGGACCUGUAAAUGCUCUGGGUUCCACAAUAUAUUUGUGAUUGCUUGACAUGAAAUAUUUUAGUAAAUGUAUUCCACAUCUAACAGUAUAUUCAGCAUACAUUUUGAAAAGCGAUGUGUUUGCGUGCCAGUGGCUGGGAAUAUGGCAAAUGAGACAUUAACUGGGCAGUUAUCAUUUGCAGUACUUUGAUGUAUAGGAACUGACCUGAAAUAGCAACAAUUUUAGACGCUUUGGGCAUAAGCUGAUGCCCAAAAGGUUCUGUAAUGUAAUAGCUAUGCAAACUCUUUUACAACGUAAGUAUACCUGUAAAUAUAAACAUAUAAACAUAAAUGUGAUCCUCUGUGACACUUCAAAACCUUUUCAUAGUUCACUAGCUAUGUUUCAUUAAUCUUCACUAGCUUGCAAGCAUAUACUCUUAAUGUGACAAAAACACUUAUAGCUGUAAACUGAUAGGCAUGUGACAAUAUGACUAGCUCGCAUAGCACAGUAUUACCAAAUGUUUACAGAAGGUAGUCUCUUGUGUUAAAGUAGGAUAGUAGUGUACAUAAGAACUGUAGAUCUCACACUAUAACUGUGAAAUCUUUCAGGCAUAUCCAGAAAUAUGUUUCAGGCAUCUCCAGAAACAUGGACACCCCAUGACAAACACCAUCCAGCUACAAGCCUUGAACACUUGCAUAGAACAAUGUUCUUUCAAAAGCCAAGAAGGUAUGCUCUGCAAGGGACACUUUUGUGCCCAUGUGGUGCAGGGAGAGGAUACAGAAAGGGAAGUGUUGUUAAUCCAUUCCUUGAUCCAGGUCAGCUUUUGAAUGAUGCUUUAGUUACUUUUAGUCCAGUCCCAGAGUAGAGGCGGGGCUAACAAAAAAACCCAGCAACAAGAGCAUGGAAAAUAGUCUGCACUUGCCUUUCUGUAAAUAAUAUCCAUUUCAUUAAACCAUUAAUAUUCCUGAUUCUACUCCACUGCCUUGUCCUUGUGUGCCACAACUGUUUCCUCUUGAUUCUACAGCAAGCAGCUAUGCUGCCACUUUUGCUUCUGACCUUGUCUUGCAACCUUUCCCCUUCUUUGCUGUGCUCAGCCCUUAGGCUGGUCAGGAGCAUGGCCAACUCAAGACUUCUUCCAUCCCCUUCAUUUAAGGAGGCUUAAACUGGGGAAGGGCUUGGUGUUCUUGCUGUUUUACUAAAAUCAAUAAGACUUACCUCCAAUUCACCCUGAUUAAGAUUGGAGAUGUUAAAACUGGAUUAACAAAAGAACUAGAACUCUAAAGCAAAUGUGCGUGUGCGUGUAUUUAGAGAAAUCAUGCAUUAGAGGACUCAACGAAGUGUUUGUUUCUGGGAAGAACCUAGUGAUGGCACUGGCUCAGUCCAGCUUCUUGGUGAGCUACUACAGAAAAAAAUUCUCUCUUCAUUACUAACCUAAAUGCAAAGGUUCCUUGCAACAGACAGAGCAGAAUCAAAAAGAAAGGUGGUAGGUAGUCUUUAUAUUAGCAAAACUAGGGGUUAAUUUUAGGAGGUGCACAAGGUAAGCAAUCAAGAGAAACCAAAUGAACAACCAUGUGUGUCAGAUUAUUGCUGGAGACAGAUCCAAAUACUAUUAGAUUUUAUAUUUUCAAAGGCGGAAUAUUUUUACUUCUUUGUCCCAAUGGUGCAAACUGUCCCUCUGUGCAAACUGAAAUCUUAUCUCAGACCUGUCACCCGGCAGAAGCUAUUCAAAUUAAGUCUGCAAGAUCUCCUGCACUGUCUUUAGACUAUUACAAACUACAGAUUUUGGGGCACUUUCACUAGUAAAAUUUGUGUCAUCCCCCCCCACCCCGCCACUCCUUGGUUUUUCUUAACAUUCCUUCUGAAGUAGAGUUCUAGAGAACUCAGAAGUUUGUUGUCCUAAUAACUUAUGACAAAAUGACAAAUUUUAGUUUGUCCUAAUAACUGCUAUAGCCUUUGAGUACAGGUAGUUGUAUUCAGUAUAUUUAGCAAUUACAACUCUGACACACAGUGGACAUUUUUAUCAGCAACUUUAACUCUUGUGUCCACCCAAUCCUCAAUGUGGGGAUGUGGGAGGGAUUGCAGAUAUUGUGCAUGCUCCCAUCUUCUGAGUGUGGGCGAGACCAUAGCUCAGUGGUAGAGCAUAUGCAAAAGGCCCCAGGUUCCAUUCAAGUAUCUUCAGUUAUUAGGUAGCAGGAGAUCAAGAAAAAAGCCUUCUGCCUGAGCCUUUAAGAGCUACCACCACACACAGGAGACAGUACUGAGCUAAAAGUGUAAAUUAUGUACACCACUUAGAGAUGUACAUAUCAGAAGGUAUAAAAAUAUGAUAAAUGAACGAAUAGCCUGAUUCAGUAUAGGACAGCUUCCUGGGUGUUGAAAGAAUGUCUGAAAUGGACUCAGAAAUAAUGAGGCUGUUCUCACGACCAGCCUGGGGCAGCCCAGCUGGGGUUAGGCUCGUCAUGAGAAGCAGCAGGAUCCUCGUGGAUCCCUCCGCUCCCUGCCCACCUAAACCUCUUAAGAAACCCGGCUGUUAGCUGAGGCUAAGGGUGCAUCUGCACCCUUACCUCGGCUACUGGGUAUUGUGUGUCUCCUUGGGCUGAACUACAGGGACGGGAGCAUAGAGCACCCAUCUAACGGAAUCUCCAAUGCAAUGUGCUUGUCACCAAUUGCAUUGUGGGAUAUCCAGAGGCUGGAACAACAAGUUCCAGCUCCGGAUCCUUCCACCCUACAGCAUGCCUCAUGGGGCAGGGCUUCCUGUGUGGGCAUGCAGGCAGGUAAACUAAAAGCAUCUUUCCCCCCAUGCCCUCCCAGCCCACCCCUGGAGACUGCCUCAAUGUGUUCUUGGAGUGAGGCAGGGCAAUUAACGGAAGCAAGAAUCAGAGGUACCGUCGUGUUGCUACAUCCUAUUAGCUUUAGUGUGAAUUGCAAAUAAUGAUAAGGUUUUAGCCAAUAAGCCCCAAAAUGCUUGGUGAAAUACUGACAUCAGACUCAGUUAUUAUUUCUCUUUUGAAUAUAAUGGAUUUUUGGUCACUUCAUUCAUAUUCAUCUGCAACAAUCAAAGAUCAGUCAGACUGCUGCCAUUAAAAUGUAUUAGAUUUUAACUUUUGCUAUGUUAUCGGUUUAUGUUUUUAACUGAUGGCUGACAUCCAGACUAAUUUAGUACUGGCAUUAUAGGAGAGAGGCAAUUUUCAUUGAACUCCUUUUUCCUUUAAAGCCCACUGCGUCUUCCAAAAAUAUGUCUCUAAGGGUCACACAACCCUCAGGUACAUAUUUUCAGGAGAGACAGUGGACUUCAGAGAGAAAAGGGGAACAAAAUAAAUGCCCCUCUCCCAUAGUACCUGCACUGCAUGUCUGGAUGUCAGAUCUGUCUCUGAUCAUCUUCUGAAGGAAACAAUGACUCACAAAUACAAUAAUAAAUAAAUGUGGUAUUUGAAUCCAUAUAAAUGCAUGAUAGCUUCCUCAUUAUUGACAUAAGCUCUUUUGUAUGAUAGUUUUGGGCUGUCAUUGUUAUACAGGUUGCAUUGUAUUAGUCCACAAAAUGAAUUACAGCAAUGUAGUAUACAAUAGCAUGCUACAGAAAACUAUCUCUCAGAGAGAGAGAGAGAGAGAGAGAGAGUAUCUGCUAUGCUUAGGUGAAGAAAAUAGCCAUGUGGAUCUGAAAUCCAGGUGUAUUUCAAGUGGAAUACACAAUACAGUGCAUAAUUUACAAGGUCAGAUGCAAAGUGCCUAUAGUUACACCUGCUGAGUAAUUUCCAAAAUGUUUACAGACUGUGUUCCCUCUAACAGAGAUUCCCAGAUUUUGUGGACUACAACUCCCAUAAUUCCCAAGCAAAAGCCAUUGCAGCUGAGGAUUCUGGGAGUUGUAGUCAACAACAUCUGGAAAUCCAGAUGGAUUAGAGGGAACACUGUUUACAGACAGAAAGCAGAGAAUAAUUUAAUUUGUAAUAUAUAUAUGUAUAAACUCUAUUGUGUAAAUGAUUGUAUUUUGAAGAGUUCUCUUUGUGGCCUUUGUCUGUUUGUAUACAUAUGUAUGUGUUAAUGGUUUCUAGCAAUAUACUAUGAUGACAUUGCUUUGUAAUAAUAUGAGUAUGGUGUGAAUUAAACAAUUUGAAUUUUGUUCCUAA